AUGGCUUUACUGUACACAAUUAUCAUUUAUGAAAUGGCAGGACAUACACUAAAACUCCCUCAUCCAUUAUCAGACGAAUUCAUCGACCUAAUUAAUCUAAAGCAAACCACAUGGAGAGCCGGCCGCAACUUUCACGUAAAUACAUCGAUGAAACAUAUCACGAAACUAAUGGGGACGAUGAUAGAUGGAAAUUUUAAGAAGUUACCAGUUGUAACGCAUACACAGGAGUUCAUUAAUACUCUUCCUGAUAAUUUUGAUUCAAGAAAUAAUUGGCCUUACUGUCCUACGUUAAACAAAAUCAGUGACCAAGGAUCCUGUGGAAGCUGUUGGGCGUUCGGUGCCGUCGAAGCGAUGACCGAUCGUGUUUGCAUUCAUUCUAAUGGAACGAAAAAUUUUCACUUCUCUGCUGACGAUUUAGUGAGUUGUUGCUCUUACUGUGGUAACGGUUGCGAAGGCGGCUACCAGUCAGCUGCCUGGGAAUACUGGAAAGAAGUAGGUAUAGUCUCUGGUGGUCCUUACGAUUCUAAUCAAGGGUGCAGAUCAUAUGAAAUACCACCGUGUGAACAUAGCGUGCCCGGGAACAGGAUGCCGUGUACUGGAGAAGUGCAGACUCCUAAAUGCAAGAGGACCUGCAACUUCGGCUACAACGUCGAUUACAAAAACGACAAGAUGUACGGCAAGCACGUUUACUCUAUUCAAUCCGAUGAAAAUCAGAUCAGAGCCGAGCUGUUCAAAAAUGGUCCAGUAGAGGCUACGUUCAUCGUCUACUCAGAUUUUAUUGCAUUCAAAGAUGGCAUUUACAAACACACACAAGGAUACUCUUUUGGUGGUCACGCUGUUAAAAUCAUUGGGUGGGGUAUUGAUCACGGUACAAAGUAUUGGUUGAUAGCAAAUUCGUGGAAUACCGAUUGGGGAGACUUAAACGGUUUCUUCAAAAUAAUUCGCGGAGAAAACCAUUGUAAUAUUGAGAAUAAUAUUGUUGCUGGUGAACCUUUACUAGUUAAUAAUUUAUGAAGCCUUAUAAAACCUAUAAGUUUUAAGAUAAAUACAUAGUUUUGAAUAAAUAAUAACCAUGAUAUGUUUUAUUAUGUUU